AUGGUUGCCGACGCUCUCGUCUACCACCCUGCCCUCGCGCACUGGCUGCGCUUUGUUGCGACAACCAUCGGCCGAGAUAAGCUCCUCCGAACCCUGCAAUACUUCUCCCGCUUCUACGCCUGGUACCUGUACCGCACCAACCGCCCCCAGUCGGCUAUCGACCCCUACAAUGCGGUGAAGAAGCAGUUUGGCACCACCCGCAAGAUCCUGCGUAUUGGCAAGUUCGCCGAGCACCUCAAGGCCGCCUCCGUCGCUCUCGACAACAAGAGCCCCGUUGACCCCGUCCUGCGUUACUUGGCCGUCGGUCGUCAGCUCGGUUACGCCGGCUACCUGUCUCUCGACACCAUCACCGUCGUCGACGCCGUCGGCUACCGCAAGCUUGCCUCCGUCAAGAAGCUGCAGGAGCACGCCUACCGUGCCUGGGGUGCUGGUCUGCUGUGCAGUGCCGUCGCCGGUAUCUACACUCUCUUCCGCCUGCAGGAGAAGGAGAAGACCAUCAACCGCAAGGAGGGUGAGGGUGUCGUGGAGGCUAAGAAGAUCGAGAAGGAGCGUGCUGCUGCCCGGAUACAGCUCAUCUCUGAUCUGUGCGAUCUGACUGUCCCCGCUACCGCCGUAGGCUUCGCCAACUUCGACGAUGGCAUCGUCGGUCUCGCCGGUACCGUCAGCAGUUUGAUCGGUGUGUGGUCCCAGUGGCGCAAGACUGCGUAA